AGUAUGAAUCGCACUGUGCAUUACAGAUAAGGCAACCGAGUGGCUAUCACUCACUCUCUUUGUGUGUCCGCAAUCUGUGUAGUGUCGAGUAAGAUUUGCUCUUAGAUGCGGUGAAAAAGUAGGCUACUACUAGUAGAAAGUGUUACAUCAGUGGGCCUGUUGCAGCAUUUUUGUCGUAACUCGAUACAGAUCGACUUUUUUUGUCACCGUCCUGUUUAAAUAAAAUUCCAAAAUGGUGAUAUGUAUAGAAAUAGACGAAAACAACAUUCCUCAAAUACAACUUGGAGAGCACUUAAUGAGACUAGAUGCAGAAGAACUCGGACCCAAAGACAAGAAGAGAGCAGAAGAGGAGAUAAGGGAAACGCCAGAAAAUGUUGCAUAUGGGUUAAAAAAAAUUAGAGAAUUCAUUGAAGCGGAACCAGACUUUGAUGUACCUUUAAACGACGACACUUUUUUGAUAAAAUUCCUAAGGCCGUGUAGAUAUAUACCAGAAAAUGCCUUUAAAAUAAUGAAAAGGUUUUACUAUUUUAAAGUAAAAUACCCAAAAUACGGUUUUGAUAUCACACCGGCAUCAAUAAGACAAGUAUUUGACACAGAAGUAUUCAGGUUUUUACCAACAAGGACAUCGACCGGUUGUAGAAUUAUGACCGUAAGUUUAGAUCACUGGGAUACCAAGAAGGUGAGCAUGGAACAACUGUUUAAGGCCGUAAUGGUAAGCAUGGAAAUCGCCAUGUUGGAGCCAAAGACACAGUUAGGGGGCGUCCAUGUGAUUUUAGAUACCGGAGGUUUGUCCUUAAUGCACAUUUGUCAGUUUUCUCCCUCCAUAGCAAAACUUAUUUUAGAAUGGAUUCAGGAAUGUGUGGCAGUGCGAUUAAAAGGAAUUCAUAUUAUUAAUCAACCUUUUAUAUUCAACAUGGGUUUCAAAAUAUUUAAACCAUUUUUAGGCGAGAGAAUAAAAAACCUGUUAUUUUUUCAUGGUCAAAACCGACAACUUCUGCUAGAACACAUUUCACCUGAGGCUCUACCACCACAAUAUGGUGGAACUGCAGAAAUUCCAGAUUAUCCCGGUACUUUAUUCUCGGAUAUGCUGUUUCAUUACGAAGAAGACUUUCAAUUAUACAACACUUAUGGUUAUAAAUCAGCACAGAAGAAAAUAGAGCAAUAGUUUAGAAAAUAAGAACACAGAGACUUUACAAACCUUACACCUUUAUACCAGAUUUUCCUUCAAUUAUCUUAAUCUCAUGGUGUUUUCUGGCACUACUACAUAGUAUUAUACGAUCCUAAUACUGGGACUAAGUACCAUAAAAGAUGCAUCCAAAAUAAAAGCAAUGGAAAUAAAUUGUUGGCGUAGAUAUUGCUAAAUCACUAGAAUAUUUAAAGUUAGUACCCUUUCAGACUAAGACACUGGUGUCUGACACCGGUGUCCGCCACCGGUGCAGUGUUCAAUUGCAGCAAAGCAUUGUUGAGUUACUAAAAUCAACCAGACACUCAAAGUGGCUCAUCUGUAGUCGUUCAUUUAAAACAAUGCUUUUCUGCAAUUUGGCGGACACGGGUGUCAGACAUCAGUGUCAAAAGUACCAGUACUAAUAUUCAAAAAGAGUGUUAUAUCGCAAAUCGAAAAUUGUAUUUUUAUAUGCUGGUAUGCAUCUAAUAUCCAAUAGUCUGCUUAGAUAUAUCAAUGUACCAAGUAAGAAACAGAAAACACUGUAAAAAUGAAUGUCUGUAUGUUCUUAAAUUUAUUUUUAAAUGAUAGACAAUUGUAAUUAUUUUUUAAAAUAAAGUAUUUUUAUAUUUAUACAAAA